UUAUUUAAAUUGGUUUACAAUUUACAUAGCUUGAACGCGAAUCAAUCUAGUUUUUUAUUUAAUUAACUGUGAGUGUUCUAGUAGUCACGUUGUGGAAGUUAAUAAAAAUGUCAUCGUCUGUCCCUAUAGUGAAACUUUCUAAUGGUUUCGAGAUUCCUAUGCUUGGACUUGGAACUUGGCAGUCCAAACCAGGUGAAGUGGAGACGGCUGUCAAAGCAGCCAUAGACAUCGGUUAUAGACACAUAGACUGCGCUUAUGUCUAUGGAAAUGAAAAGGAGGUUGGUGACGCGAUUGCCGCCAAAAUUAAGGAGGGUGUUGUCAAACGUGAGGAUCUCUUCAUCACCUCAAAGCUAUGGAACACCUUCCACCGUCCCGAUCUGGUGAAGAAAGCUAUACAUGAGACCUUGGCGAAUCUUCAACUUAAAUACCUUGAUCUGUACUUGGUGCAUUGGCCUCAUGCUUAUAAGGAAGACGGUGACCUCUUCCCGGCUGAUGAGUCAGGCAAAAUCCAAUUCUCAGACGUGGAUUAUGUGGACACUUGGAAGGCUAUGGAACCCCUUGUGGGAGACGGGCUCGCCCGCAGUAUUGGGAUCUCAAACUUCAAUUCCAAACAAAUUGAUCGGCUUCUGAAAGUGGCUACCAUCAAGCCCGUUGUCAAUCAGGUCGAAUGCCAUCCAUACCUUAAUCAAAUGAAACUCCAAGAGUUCUGCAAAGCGCGGGAUAUAAGACUCACCGCUUACUCCCCACUCGGGUCUCCAGACAGACCCUGGGCCAAGCCAGAUGACCCUCAGCUGAUGGAAGACCCCAAGUUGAAGGCUAUCGCUGACCGGCUUGGAAAGACUGUCGCUCAGGUGCUGAUUAGAUACCAAAUAGAUCGCGGAAACAUUGUGAUUCCAAAAUCAGCGAAUCCAAGCCGCAUAGCCUCCAACUUCCAGGUGUUCGACUUCAAGUUGUCCCAGGAGGAUGUCCAACUCAUCAACACAUUCGACUGCAAUGGACGAUUUGUGCCCAUGAGCGCUGCCGUCGGACACAAGGACCAUCCAUUUGAAAACGUCGAGUUUUAAACCGAUAAUUGUUAUGUUUCAAGUUUGCUAUGUGAUAGUUCUCUAAUAUAUUUACUAAUUGUUUA